UCCCACUCUUCGUCAUCCGCCCAAACAUCCAUGACAGCUAUAUUUGCAUGAAGCAUUUGCCAAAACAUUUAAACACGCCCAGAGCGCGCACCCCCUUCCUCUCCUCGCCUCUUGCUCGUCUCAUACACGCGCUGCCGCAUUUCUCACAAUCGUGCAAGCAAAGCUCCUCGCCGGCCUGUCGCUCGUCGGGCUCGCUCUACACUACUCUAUGCCCUCGUUCUUGUCGCAGCUGAUCCGCCCGUUCUCGUCUGCACCACUCGCCGCCAUGAACGUUCCUGCCGGUGCACAGCUGGCCACCGUGGCAGCUGGAUGCUUCUGGGGCGUGGAACACAUGUACAGGAAGGCCUUCAAGGACAAGGGCCUCAUCGACGCCAGAGUGGGCUACAUCGGAGGGGACACAGAGAAUCCUAGUUACCGGGCCGUGUGCUCUGGCCGAACAGGACACGCAGAAGCUCUGCAAGUCGUGUACGACCCUACCAAAGUGACGUACCGGGACCUGAUCGAGUUCUUCUACAAAAUGCACGACCCCACCACGGCGAACAGGCAAGGCCCCGACGUAGGCACCCAGUAUCGCAGCGCCAUCUUCUACCACAGCCCGGAGCAAGAGGAAGAGGCCAAGACGAUCACGAAGCAGGUGCAAGAGCAGUGGUGGAAGAACGGCAAGGUCACGACGGAGAUUCUGCCGGCGAAGCAGUGGUGGGACGCGGAGACGUACCACCAGCUGUACCUGGACAAAAACCCAGGAGGCUAUGAAUGCCCGAGCCAUUUUCUUCGCAACUUCCCGCCACUUUCUUGACGCGACACCACGCGUACAGCGUGGCCUUUGGUGGGAUGCUAACAGCCUGGCGUGACGAAGCCGGGCGAGGUUUUGCAAUGGGAUACCCAGUGUAGUAGUGUGUGUAGAAAAGCAAUCAAACGUUUUGCGACUCUUUCGCUCUCGAUGUAAGCUGUGAUUCUGUUCAAUCAACCCGUCCAAGGCGAG